AUGAAAAGUAUUUCCAAGGAGACAUCUGCUACAAAUCUGACUGUGGUCACAGAGUUUCUCCUUUUAGGAUUUCAAAGCAGUCAACUUUUGAGAAAUCUUCUAUUUCUUCUGUUUCUUGUUGUUUUUGUUGCCACAAUAUGUGGAAACCUCCUGAUCAUCAUCCUGGUGUCCACCAGCAAGAACCUCCACACCCCAAUGUACUUCUUCAUCUCACAACUGUCCAUCAGUGACAUCAUAUUAUCCACAAAUAUUGUCCCCAACCUGCUCCACAUCCUACUGAAUAAUGGAGGAACCAUCAGUUUUAUUGGUUGUAUGACUCAGUUUUAUUUUUUUGUUGGCACAGAUGAAUUUGAAUGUCUUCUUCUCGCUGUGAUGUCUUAUGACAGAUAUGUGGCCAUCUGUAAUCCCCUCCGUUACUCCUCCGUCAUGACAAAUAUAUUUUGUGUUACUUCAAUCAUUAGUAGUUGGUUGAUAGGCAAUUUUUGUUCAUUCAUUAUUACGAUAACAUCAUCAAAACUAAAUUUCUGUGGGUCAAAUAUCAUCGACCAUUUAUUCUGUGACCUUGUCCCCUUACUAGACCUGUCCUGUUCUGACACCUUCUCUGUUCACUUGGAGAUUUUUGUUUUGGGACCUCCAUCUAUAAUGUUCCCAACCUUAAUCAUUGUAGUGUCAUAUAUUUACAUUGUGAUUUCAGUCCUAAGGAUCCCAUCCAGUACUGGUAGACAGAAAGCCUUCUCCACCUGUGGCUCCCACCUCAUUGUGGUCUCCAUUUUUUACUGGACAAUAUUUAGUGUUUAUGUUUUUCCUAAGAGAGAAAAAACUUGGGUCAGUAGUAAAAUCCUCUCUCUGCUGUAUACCGUAUUUACUCCAUUUGCUAACCCCAUUAUAUACAGUCUGAGGAAUAAAGACAUAAAGAAAGCCGUACAGCAAACAUUACAUAGAAUCCAUAGGGCAAUUCGCUCACAAUUGAAACCAAACCUAUUCCCUGAAUAUUUGCAACAGGAAUUGGUGGAAGCGAAGGAGAGACACCUGAAAACUAAAACCGCACUUCAGUUAGUACUCAACACAGAUGAAUGGAACCAGUAUGAUGCCAAUUGCACCCAGUUUCUGGAAAAAAUUUGUAUGGGGAUGAAGAGGUCAUAA